AUGCAACCAACGUCUUUUCAUCAUUUUCCUUGUGAUAAUACCAAAUAUAGCGAUGAACAAAUCGGGUGCAUUUGUGAGCUUCUCUCAAAUGAUAUUCGCAAAUUGUCGCAAUUCGUUUGGGUCACUUUGGAACGACUUGAGACGAGAAAUAAUCAGCAUAUUCUGAAGGCUCAGGCAACGAUUGCCUACCAUUCGCAAAAUUAUAAAGAAUUGUAUCAAAUAAUUGAAUCGCAUCAUUUUUCAUUGGAACAUCAUGCCGCCUUGCAGGAAUUCUGGCUAAAUGCACAUUAUAAUGAAGCAGAGAAAUUGCGAGGUCGUUCUCUGGGAGCAGUCGGAAAAUAUCGAAUUCGAAGAAAAUAUCCUCUGCCACGAACGAUUUGGGACGGAGAGGAAACCAGUUACUGUUUUAGGGACAAAUCGCGAGUUUUACUUCGUGAAUGGUACUGUCGCAAUAAUUAUCCGAGUCCGCGCGAAAAGAGAGAAUUGGCUGAAAAAACUCAUCUGACAGUUACACAGGUGUCAAACUGGUUCAAAAAUCGGCGACAGCGCGAUCGAGCUGGAGAUGGAAGGGAUCCUCGAGUGAUCAAAGAAAAUGUAGCAGCUGGAAGUGAAGAAGAAGAUCUUCGACUGAUCCGCAAAUCAUCUUCCACAAAGUUUCUUCCGUACUCAGCCGAUUUCGAGUAUCAAACUUCGAUUCCCGGCUUCUACAGCAUGAUAAAUUACAACGAGAUGAUGUCAUUUGCGACGAAUCCUACUACUUCGGUGUCAGUCCCAUCGUCAGCUUCAUACCAAACAUUGUAA